UUCAUUGACUUCUGAGUGGUCUUUCAGUUUUUGCCUCCUGUGUGGUUGACCAUAUUUUACCUUCAUUUACUCUCUUGGAUUUUCCUUUGGACUUCUGUUUUUUUUUUGUUUGCUUCUCUUGCUUUCAACCCUUGAUGUUUAUGGACUCUGAUCUCGGUUUCCUUAUGUACCUGUUCAUUGCUCUCUCAGUUUUGACCUGGCCUGGAUUACUGACUAGUUCCUUUGUUUGUCCAAUUGUAAAUAAAGCUCACUAUUUUUACUUCAGCAAGCAUCUGAUUCAUCUGCCUAAAAUGACACCUGUGACUUUUUUACAAAUUACGCAUUUUUGCAAUGUUUUUAUUGUGUAGCUCUGUAAACAAACACUGGGAAUCUUGAUGAAGAUGGCUAUUUCAGAUUUUCUGAAGAAUGAAGACAAGGCCAGAGAAAGAUGAGUGAGUUUAACAAAUAGACAGGGACAUAGGAAGGAACAUCAUUUAGGAGUUCAGUUUUUUGAAAGAGAAGAUGAACCAGAACCAAGUUUCCCAGCCACUGAGGAGGAGCAUCACAGAAGGUCAGACUGACCCAGCCCACUUUCUACAGACCACUGCAGCACAAGGUGACCCAGUCCAAAAAAUCACAGCUCAGACUGAACUAGCCCAGACCAUCUCAGCUCAGAGUGGAGGAACUGUCAAUGCAUCUGUUCUACAAGGAAAUGAGUUUCAUGGCCCAGUUAAUUUUAUCUUUGGAGCUGAUUCUAAUCAUAAGGAGGAAACUGGAAAGAGCCCAACGCCGUCCUCCACUGCAACUACAUAUGGAGAUUCAGUUUGUAUUACCACUGCAGAAGAUCAAAAGAACUGCACCCAUUUGAUGUCCACCCUCAGGGUGCAAUAUGAAAGCAUACUAAUUGGGAAUUCUCAGACAGGCCAUAAAAAGUUUUUGGAGAAUAUCUAUACUGACCUCAUUAUAGUUCAGAAUGAAAGUGGAGGAGUCAUUCAAGAGCAUGAAGUGAUGCAAAUGGAAAUGUCUUCCAACAGACCCGAUGGUGAGGAAAUUUGUGUCACAUGCAGUGAACUUUUCAAGGUCCAGCCUGGUACGGGUAGACGGAACAGAAAAGUGUUGACAAUGGGAAUUGCUGGUGUGGGCAAAACUGUGUCAGUCAACAAAUUCAUACUUGACUGGGCGAAGGGAGAGGAGAACCAGGACAUAACCUUCAUUUUUCCUCUUCCCUUCCGUGAACUGAAUCUAAAGAAAGAUAAGAAGUUCAGUUUGAUUGAACUACUGAAUGACUGCUUUUUUUCUUCAAAAACUGGAUUGAAGUCUCUUCCUGAGGACGAUGGUAAAGUUUUGUUUAUUUUUGAUGGACUGGAUGAAUGCCGCUUUCCUCUUUGCUUUGAGGAUGGAGAGGAAGUAAAAGAUAUCAAUGAGAAGACCUCAGUGGGAUCACUGAUCACAAAUCUUACCAACAGAAAUCUGCUUCCAUUUGCUCUAAUCUGGAUAACUUGCCGACCAGCAGCAGCCCAUCUGAUUCCCCGGGACUACAUCAAUCUGGUGACAGAAGUGCGAGGAUUCAAUGAUGAACAAAAGGAGGCAUACUUCAGCAAAUACUUUAAUGAGGAUAUGGCAAAGAAAAUUGUUUCACAUAUAAAGAAAUCAAGAAGUCUCCACAUCAUGUGUCAAAUCCCAGUGUUCUGCUGGAUCUCUGCCACUGUACUUCAGCCUCUGAUGGCUCAAGACAGCAAUAAGGACAUCCCCACAACCCUGACAGGAAUGUACAUAAGCUUCCUACUACAGCAGAAAAACUUAAUGAAAAAGAAAUACAGUGAGAAAACCACAACUGUUGGUGCUGAGCUCAUCAUUCUGAAGCUUGGUGAACUGGCCUUCUGUAAUCUUGAGAGUGGUACUCUGAUUUUCUAUGAAGAUGAUCUCAGGAAAUGUGGCAUUGAUGUCAGUGAUGGCACUGUGUUCUCAGGAGUGUGCACACAGAUUUUCAGUCAUCAGGAGGGAGUUUCUGAGAGGAAUGUUUUUAGCUUUGUGCAUCUGAGUGUUCAGGAAAGCCUUGCAGCUUUAUAUGUGCAUCACUCUCACUGCAACAAGAAAAUGAAUGCAUUUAAACAGGGGACAUUCUUGAACAAGCUUAAAUGGAUCAAUAAGAGAAUAACAGAUCUUCAUAAGUGUGUAGUAAAAAAAGCUUUGCAGAGUGAAAAUGGACACCUGGAUCUCUUCCUCCGUUUCCUUAUCGGCCUCUCACUGGAGGACAGUCAGCAAGUCCUAACUGAACUUCUGCCAAAUCUGAAGAUCAAAGUUGAAAAUGUUAGAGACACAGCUGACUACAUCAAGAUGAAACUCCAUGAGGAAAUGUCAUCUGACAGAAGAAUGAAUCUCUUCCACUGCCUGAGUGAAAUGAAAGACAAUUCCCUGACUACCGAGAUCCAGAAACACCUGAACUCAGAAGAUCCCUCAACACAAGACCUCUCAUCUCCACAGUGGUCAGCUCUGGUGUUCGUGUUGCUGAUGUCAGAGGAGACUCAAGAGAAGUUUGAGCUAAAGAAAUACAAGCCAUCAGAGGAAGGACUGAGGAGACUACUGCCAGUGGUAAAAAACACAAGACGAGCUCUAUUAGCUUCAUGUAAUCUUGGGGUGAAGAUUUGUGAAGAUCUGAAAUCAGUUUUAAAACUGGAAAACUCCUCUCUGAAGGAACUUGACCUCAGUAACAAUGACCUGUUGGAUUCAGGAGUCGAGCUGCUCUCUGCUGGACUGAAGAGUUCACACUGUAAACUGGAGAUACUCAGACUAGCUUUGUGCAGUAUUGGAAAAAAGACUUGUGAUCAUCUGGAAUCAGUUUUAAAACUGGAAACCUCUUCACUGAAAGAGCUGGACAUCAGUAACAAUGACCUGCAAGAUUCAGGUGUGGAGGUCCUCUCUGCUGGACUGAAAAGUUCAAACUGUAAACUGGAGAUACUCAGAUUAUCUGGUUGUAUGAUCACAGAGGUAGGUUGUUCUUCUCUGGCUAAAGCUCUGAGUUCAAACCAUUCACAUCUGAAAGAACUGGAUCUGACCUACAACCAUCCAGAAGAGUCGGGAGUGAAGCUGCUCUCUGCUAGACUGGAGGAUCUACAGUGCACACUCAACACACUCAGAGUGGAACAUGGAGGUGAGAUCAGAAUCAAACCAGGACUGACGAAAUAUUCCUGUGAGCUCAGUCUGGACCCAAACACAGCACACACACAUCUUUCUCUGUCUAAUGGGAACAGAAAGGUGACACGUGUGAUGUCUACACAAACAUAUCCUGAUCAUCCAGAGAGAUUUGAUGGCUAUCCACAGGUGCUGUGUAGAGAGAGAUUGACUGGACGCUGUUACUGGGAGACUGAGUGGAGUGGGAAUUGGGUUGAAAUAGCUCUGACGUACGAAACAAUCAGGAGGAAAGGAAUCAGUUACGACUGUGUGUUUGGAGGAAAUAAAAAGUCCUGGAGUCUGUAUUACUAUUAUGGCAGUUACUCUGUCCGUCAUAAUAAGAACAGAACUGCCAUCACUACUCCUCCCUCUAGCUGUAAGAGAGUAGGAGUGUAUGUGGACUGUCCGGCUGGCACUCUGUCCUUCUACAGCGUCUCUGAUACACACACACUGACACACCUACACACAUUCAACCCCACAUUCACUGAACCGCUCUGUGCUGGGUUUAGGAUUUAUGAUGACUCCUCAGUGUGUGUGUGAGAUAGAAUAACUUCUUCUGUGUGUGUGUGUGUGUGUGAGUGAGUGUGUGCGUGAUCAUAAAUAGUGAUGUUCAGUGGAAAAUUUGUUCGAUGUUUAGAAUGCUUUUUUUUAAUGGUCUGUAUUUUACACUGUAUUUCUCUGGUUUUAAGAUGAUGCAGAUGGAGAUGAAGUGCAUAGAAUCAAUGGAAGUUCUGAAAUAAACAACAGAUAAAACUCACAAUCAUGUAUGUUUAAUAAAAACAAAGUGUUCAUACAACACAUGUCUAAUUAAUUUACAUCUGUAUAAAUGAACUGAAUUUCAAGUAAAACAAAAACAAUUUUCAGGUUAGGUUGUUACCAGUCCUGCAGUCAGAGCUGGGGAGUAAUUGAGUGUUUCACCAAAGCUGGUGUGGGUGAUAGAACAGGUUGUCCAGUGGGUGAGACGUGGGUGUCAUGGAUUAUUUCACCAAAUGACCAGAGGCCUGCCACUGGAAUCAUGCAUCGCUGGACCAGGAGGCUGAGACCAUCAUUGAUGCCUUGGUCGAGGGGAUGUUUAAUGGGUUUGGGGUUCCUCAGUCCAUUCACAGUGACCAAGAGCAUAACUUCAUGCCAGAACCUGGAGAGGUUAGGGAAAGUUGUGUAUAGAGUGGUGCUCCACCAUGACAGGCUGGCCCUUUAUAGGGGCUGUAUCAGACCACAGGGGUACAACACAGAGGAGGUGUUCUCUCAGUCCCCCGCAAUGACACCAGCUCAACCAUGU